AUGGAGCAAAAUUCUCUUAGAUAUUGUUAUGAAAAUGGAAAUAAUGAUAGAAGGUUUUUAGCUGCAGAUCCAGAAUAUAACAAUCUAGAAUAUAGUGAUUCUGAACUUUUAGUCUAUGAAUUUGAGAGCAGUAAUGAGGAGGAAUUUAAUAAUGGGAAUACAGAACUUAGUGAAGAAGAAGCUAAGCAUGGUUCAAAAUGUACUCAGCAAUGCAAGAAUAAAGGAUUACAGGAGGUAGCACAAGGAUCAAUGAGUUUGGAUAAUUUUUUUAAACCUGUAAAAAAAUUAGAAGUUAAAUAUGAAAUGUCAGACUCAGAUAUAAGCGAUUUAGAUAUAGAAAAUAACAGUUCUAUUUCAGAAAAAAUAAAUAAAUUAAGUAAUAAUCUCAAAAAUAUGAAAAAUAUGAACGUUUAUGAAUAUCUCCAUCUUCUUGUCAUGCAUAAAUACCUUGCUGCAAUUUUCAAUCAUGAAGAGUCAUAUUCCUGUGUAAAACUAAGUCUUGAAAUAUCACAACAAGAUGUACAAAGUUCUUGCUUGCAUUUUAUCCGUACUAUGGGUGAAAGAAUAACUGCUGAAAAAUUUCAGAAUUAUGUUCAGAACAAUGUUUUACCACAUUAUCAACAAAGUAUUUACUAUGAUAGGUAUGAACAUUCUGAUAUUGUACAAUAUCGUAUAAUAUUUCUUGAAAAAAUGAAAGAUCUUGAAACUUUAAUGUCACAAUUUGUUGGUGAAAAUAUGGAAAUAAUUAUUAACCCCGAAAUAAGUGAAGAAAAAAAAAUGCAUAUUCUUGUCACUUAUGAUGAGUGUAUAUUCUAUGCGAAUAAUGGUCAUCUUUCAGUAUGGGCUUCUCUUGGUAUGCCGCUACUAUGCAAAAAAGAAAAGGGUAAAGCACUUAUAAUUUCAGAGUUUCUAACUGAGACUCGUGAUCACUUCACAAUUAUUUCUGCAGAAAUAAAUGAAUUAAACCUACUACUAACAUUCCCACAAGAAGCUCUAGCCAAUAAAGCAAUUCCUAUUUUUGAAGCAACUCACCCAAACUGUAUUGGUGUCUUUGCAUUUGAUAACAGCACCAAUUAUAGUACUUUUACAAGUGAUACGUUAUGUACUAAAAACAUGAAUCUUUAUCCUAAUGGUAAACAGUUAAGAUUAUGUGACGGUUGGUUUAUUAAUACGCAAGGUGAACAAAUUACUCAGUCAAUGAUUUUUCCUAAAGAUCUUUCUCCUAAUGAUUCUAAUUAUAUCUUUUGUGAUUAG